AUGUCUCCUCCUCACACUCCUCCCCUACUCCAAUAUAUAUAUAUAUAUAUAUAUAAGUUCCUGCGGCGGAAGUGCGCGGCCGACUGCGUGUUCGCGCCGUACUUCUCGUCGGAGCACGGGGCGGCGCGGUUCGCGGCCAUCCACAAGGUGUUCGGCGCGAGCAACGUGUCGAAGCUGCUCCUCCGCGUACCGCCACCCGACCGCUGCGAGGCGGUCGUCACCGUCGCCUACGAGGCCCAGGCGCGGCUCCGAGAUCCCGUGUACGGCUGUGUCUCGCAAAUCUUCGCCCUACAGCAGCAGAUUCUCUAUUGA